AGAGCAGAUUCAUAUGAAGCUCUCUCUCACUCUCUCUCUCUCUCACUGUGUAAGUUGAUCGGAAGAUAUUUCGGAUGGGUUUUCCGGUGGUUUACACGGAAGAUUUGAUCCCAAAGCUCUUCAUCUGCGGGCUCUCUCUUCUGGGCUUAAUCCGAAGCCUCAUCCUCUCUCUGCUGCGCUUCAUGGGCCUGCCGGAAUUUCUCGAGCCGGCCGACGCUUCACUCCUGGAGAAUCCGACCCGGGGACCGGAGACCCCGCCCAUAUCGGCAGUCCUGAUAAGGGAGCUGCUGCAGGUGGCGAAGCUGGCGGGAGAGGCGGGGGAGAGCUGCGCCGUGUGCCUGUACGAGAUGGAGGUGGGGGAUGAGAUCCGGUGGCUGAGGAACUGCCGGCACAUAUUCCACCGGAGCUGCCUGGAGCGAUGGAUGGACCACGAUCAGAAGACGUGUCCGCUCUGCAGGACGCCAUUUGUGCCGCACGAAAAGCUUGAUGAGUUCAAUCAACGGCUCUGGGCAGCCCCCGGCGCCGCCGACCCGUACAGUGACUACUACAGUUCAGUUUCGUCUUUGUAGACUAAUAUUGUAAAGCUUGAUUAAUUUGUUAACCAAAAUGAGAAGAGAAGAAAAUUUGUCUUUCGUAUGAAUUUAGAUCUAAUAACAAUCCUUAAUUUAUAUAA